AUGGCCGAAACAGAAUCGCCGGAGAUCAACUGCGUAUACGUAGAGACAAACCUAGACACUCGUCUCGCUAUUCCCGUUCACAACAAUGAAACCAUCUCCGAUUUCAAAGAGAAACUAUGCAAAGAGCACUUUCAAUGCUUCCCGAAACUUGGAGAAAUCAGUAUCUCUGCAGUUAAGGUUAAACGUCAGAAUACGUUGGGUCUCCUUGUGGAUUUUCACUUGCCUGAUUCUAUGUAUUUGAGUAUGGCUUUCGAGGGUGUCAGUGAUAGCUGCUGGUUUUUGUCUGUGGAUGCUACCGUGAGUGUGGUUGACAAGUGUGAGCUGAUGGAUGAUGCUGAUGAAAAGAACAAGGCCAUUGCAAAUGGUUCUCUUGUUUUGGGAGCUCUAGUUGCAGAGAAGAUGGCAAAGAAGAGGAAGCUGAGAAGUUCGGAUGGUGGAAAAAGUGGGACGAAGCAUGAGUUGGUUGAGAAGAACAAGGAGAUUGCAACUGAUUCUCUACUUUUAGAUACCAAGAACCAGACUCCUGAAGAAGAUUUGGAAACUCAUGUAGUUGAGAAGCCGAGAAAGAAAAGGAAGGUGAAAGGUUUGGAUGGAGAAACAAGUGUGAAGAAACCUUUGGUUGAUGUCAGUCAAUCUGCUGCUGCUGCUACGACUGUUUCAAGAUUUGAUGGUGAUGGGAGUCAUGAGUUGUGUGGAAAUGUUGUUUCUGAAUCUUCACCCAGAGAAAAACUAGAUGAUAUGCUUACGGAAACAACAGGAGGAAAAGAGAUUGAGAUGGGGGAGAAACCUGUCGAGGAUUUGGGAGGAGAUAAAACGGAGAACAAUGAUCUGGUGAGCCAACCGGCAAAUCUUGUUGACACUAACAGUGGGUUGACAACCAGACCAGACACAGAGAAGAAAAAGAGGCGAAAGAAGAAAUCAGAAGACGACAUCAAUCAGUCUUCUGCUACUGUUACUGUGGGCGAGAUUGGGCUUCCUGAAAAUGUAGAUCGUGUUGAUGCAACUCCUGAAUCUCUUCCAAUCUCAAGAGACAAUCCUCUUGCAGAAGCAAGUCAGAGAGAAAAUGAUAUGGCCGUCGAUGACGUAGCAAGAGAUAAAGCUGAAACUGACAAUCUAGAGGGUCAAACGGAAAUUCACCUGGACUGCAACAAUGUAGAGGAAGAUAUUAAUCAAUCUUCUGCUGCUGCUGCUGCUAUUAUAGCUUCAGGAGAUAUUGUGAAUCAGAUAAAUGAAGUUUCUGCAAAUGUAGAUCAUGUUGAUGCUGCUCCUGAAUCUCUUCUAAUCUCAAGAAGAGAAAAUCUUGAUAAUCAUUUUGCAGAAGCAAGUCAGAAAGACACUGAGAUGGUUGAGAAAUCUGUCGAAGAUGAGGGAAGAGAUAAAAUUGAAACUGAUAAUAUAGCGAGCAACCCAGAAAAUCUUUUGGACACUAACAGUGUGUUGACAACCAAACCAGACACAGAGAAAAAGAAAAAGCGAAAGAAGAGAUCAAAAGAUGACAUCAAUCAAUCUUCUGCUUCUGCUGCUAUUACAACUUCAAUAGAUAUUGUGAAUGAGAUAAAUGAAGUACCUGCUAAUGUAGAUCCUGUCGAUGCUACUCAUGCAUCUCUUCCUAUGUCAGUAGGCACCGUUGCAGAAUCAAGUCAGAAAGGAAAUGAGAUGGUUGAGAAGAUUGAUGACGAUGUUGGAAGUGGAAAAGCUAUACCAAGUGAUGCAGAGAAUAUCAAGAGAAAUGAGAUGGUUGAGAAGAUUGAUGAUGAUGGUGCUAAAUCUGUGAAGACGACUAAGAAGAAAAAGUCGAAAAGAGUCAAGACCCCAGCUAAAGAAGAUACAAUGGUUGCCUCUGGUGCAGAGAAUGUUGAAGCUAUCGAAGCUGUAGAUGGAGAAGGGACUGAUAAUGUUAUCAGAAACAUACUAGAUUCUCUGCAGGAAAAGAAUGAAACUGAGGGAAAUCUGGACACAACUGGGAAGAAAUCUAGCAAGAAAUUGAAGAAAAAACACUCUUCAAAAGUUGUAGAGUCCCAAGUAUUGGCAGUUGAGGUAAACACUACUGCCCUGGAGCAGACUCCUCUCAUCAACAACCCUAAAGACACUGAUACCUUAUUCACGCCAGUUAAGAAAGAUGCUGAGAGCGAUGCUUCACUUUUGAAAAAGAGUCCUGAAAUUGCAGAGGAUAAAAGCCUUUCCAAGAAAAUCCCAAUAGAGAAGAUUGAUAUGGGAGAUAAUUUUGGUUGCAGCCCAAAUCAAGAGAAGCAAGAUCAAGUGGCUGGUGGAGCUAAAUCUAAAAAGCAGAAGAAGAGGCUUGAUCUUCAUCCAAGUGGUUCCAUUGCGGGUUCAGUGAGCUCAGCAAAACCGAAAGAGAAAAAAUCUAGAGGUCAACAGCCAGCUAGUUCAGGUGCUAGUCAUUUGCAGUCAGUGGUUAAAAAUGGACGCAGUGGAACAGUGAAAACCACUGUCAGCAGCAAGAAACAAGACGUAAAGAAAAGCUCUAAACCGGUCGCAGUGGACAAGAGGAAGACCAAUUUCUUCGAGAAUGCUGAGAAGAGUGAUUCGUCAGAGGAUGAAUAUAAAAAGACUUCUAAUGUCUCCACUAAAACACCAUCGGAUUAUUCAUCUGACAAUGAUAGUGAUGUGACUUCUAUGUCUAGGAAGCAGCAAGGAAACAAUCUGACUGGAGGAACAAAUAAGUUUGAAGGGAGCCUACAAGAUUUGUUGAGAAGAUCAAGCAGUUACAAGAAGGCUUUAAUUAGAGCACAGUCACAACCCGAUAUAGAUGACGACUCUCCGGUUGAUUGCGUCCCAGAUAGCCAAGGCCUCUAA